UUUUCCUCGCACCCCCCGCCCCAAUUCCCCCAACUCCCGAGACCGGCCCGGCCCCCUCCAAGCGCAGUUUCUCGCCUUCCAGACGGGGGACCCAGCAGGAGCAACUGCGCCCGGCGCGCUGCCUCUGCCGCGGGCUGCCUCUCGGCUGUUGUCCGGGCGAGCGGGCGCGAAACCGCGGCUGCCGGCAGGGACGCUUAGGAGGGCGGGCUCCGAACUCGGAGAAGCGGCUGCCUGGGACCUCCCGGCCCCACAUGGACAGCCGAGUUCCGCCCUUCUCCUUCCCCGGCAGACGGGACCCGCGCCCGGGCUGCGCGCUGCUGCGCUCCUUCGGACCGGGCAGCACCUGGAUGGGCGUUUCGGGGAGGAGAGUCGGGCUGGGGGCUUGCUGGCCGGAGGGCCCCCCCCCCGGCAUCGCUGCUUUCUUCGGGGACCAGAGCGGAUGAAGCGGCCGAAAGACGCGGGCUGCGAGGAAAGAGCUGCCAUGCCUCUGCACUGCCUACUGUUCUUGCUGACCUGGCUGGGCACAGCCUCUGUGGCUGCCCACACUCCUGCCUGCAAGAUGAGAAUCACAGACAAGGGCCUGGCGCUGGUGAAGCAGGAGGGUCUGCGCUUCGUGGAGCAGGAGCUGGAGAGCAUCUCUAUCCCUGAUCUGCAUGGCAAGCAGGGCAAGUUCCACUACAACAUCAGCAGCGUGAAGGUGACUCACCUGCAGCUGAACUUCUCUGAGCUCCACUUCCAACCGGAGCAGGACCUGGCCUUCCGGAUCAACAACGGCUCCAUCGGGGUGCGAUUCCGGCGGCAGCUGCUCUACUGGUUCUUCUAUGACAUUGGCUCCAUCAAGACGUGGGCCGAAGGGGUCAACAUCCACACCCUGCUGAGGCUCUCCAGGGACCAGGGGGGCCGCCUCAAGAUCGCCAACAUGAGCUGCAACGCCUCCAUCGCCCGGAUGCACGCGGGAUUCAGUGGCACCCUCCGAAAGGUCUAUGAAUUCGUGGCCAUACUCCUCACCACAGGGAUGCGCUACCUAAUCAGUCAACAGAUCUGCCCUGCGCUCAACCACGCUGGGCUGGUGCUACUCAACUCCCUGCUGGACACGGUGCCCGUGCGCAAUCCAGUGGACGAAUACGUGGGCAGCGACUACUCCCUACUCAAUGACCCCCAUGUCACCCCGGAGAACAUAGACCUGGAUUUCAAGGGCAUGUUCUUCCCUCUGCAAAACGAGAACGAGACCCUGCCCAACCUGGCCCCGGAGCCCCUCCUGAGGGAGACGGAGCGGAUGGUCUACAUGGGGCUCUCUGAAUACUUCUUCGACUCCGCCCUCUUCUCCUACUACCGGGCGGGGGUCCUGAACAUGGAAUUUGCGGGGGAUGAGGUGCCAAAGGAUUUGCAAGUUUUGCUGAGAGCCUCUUUCUUCGGAAGCAUCAUGCUGUUGAACCCCGAUGUGGUGGACGCGCCCCUGAUCUUGAAGCUGCAGGUGACCGAAGCCCCUCGCUGCACCAUCCGGUCCUCCGGCACAUCCGUCUCUGUCUCGGCCCUGCUCAACAUCUUCUUGGCCCCCCUGAACCAGCCCCCAAUUCUGCUUUCCAGCCUGACUAUGGAAUCCCGCCUGAGCGCCAAGGUGGUCCUUCACCAUAAGGCUCUUCAGGUGCAGCUGGAUCUCCGAAGGUUCCGGAUCUACUCCAACCAGUCAGCCUUUGAAUCUUUGGCACUCCUCCCACUGCAAGCCCCCCUGAAGACCCUGCUGCAAAUGACCAUCAUGCCCUUCAUCAACGAGAAGACCACGAAAGGGGUCCGAAUCCCCCUCCCUGAAGGCAUGGACUUCACCAAGGAGGCCGUCAGGAGCCACUUGGGCUACCUCACCAUCGGAGCUGACCUGCAUUUCACCAAAGGGCUGCGAGAGGUCAUUGAGAAGCUCCGGGCGACCCCGGGCCCUUCUCUGGCCUCCAGGGCUGCGUAGGAGCCCUGGAUCUCGUCCCUCACCUGGCCCCAACUUUACCUGCCUGCCUGAGUCAGGUGGGGUCCUCUGCUCUGCCGGACACAAGGGUCUUUGUAAGCCUCUGGGACAGCUGAAUAAAGAGCUAUGCUGCCCGA